AUGCUUCCGUUGGUUCCCGAGACACCCCGAUGGCUCAGACUGCAAAACCGUUUAACGGCACCUGCACAGUCCGCUGGUGUGCAACGGGUACCAACUUCAGCCCAGGGUCUAGUCACUCAGAGAUCGGCAUACACUGACAUACUAACACAAGGUACUGCAGAGGGCACCUGGGGCGAUAUCCUCUUCCCGACUGCUCAGACCAAGAGCAUGUUGGCGGCAGGGUUGGGUAUAGCUAUCUAUCAGCAGGUGUGUGGCUCUGAGGCAGUUGUGUACUACACACCGACUAUACUCGUCGAAGCGGGUGUGGGCCCGAGCCAAUCCGAUGACACGGUUCUCCUGUGCACUAUGGCUGUGGGCUUCACCAAGUUUCUCUUCGCAGGUUUGGGUGCCUAUACCGUGGAGCGUACCGUACGAAGGGCAUGUGCUAUCCUGUCCUGUGGCGGCACGGCUGUGUGUUUACCAGGGCUUGCGGGGGCUAAGAGAUGCGACCACCCCAAUGGUGCGGUAGCGCUACUGUGUCUGUUCAUGAUGUACUUUGAGUCGGGUCUAAGCCCACUCCCGGCUGUGUUGGGCUCGGAGAUAUACCCCAUGGCCAUACGCGCACGUGCUGUCGCACUGGGGACGUUUGUCAACCGCAUCAUUCCCAGUUGUUCGGCUGGUGUCUUCCCGUCCAUGCUACACACUUUGGGCGCGCCGAAUACGUUCCUGGUGUUUGGCUUGAGUGGAGCUACGGGUGUGUUGUACUGCUAUGGUAUUGUCCCCGAGACCAAGGGACUGACCUUGGACGACGUUGAGAGUCUGUUCCAAAGCCGGGCCAUGGCGGAUGCAAAGGACUGUACACGGUUGGCUUCAGACGCCGAUGAGAGGGAUGGCAAACUCGGCUGAAAGUUCGGUAGUGUUUAGCUCUACAAUGCAAUCAGUGCGUCUGUCUACUGAGUGGAAUGGACGUUUCGUCAGGAUUUG